AUGGCUAGGUACGAUAGCGACGGGGAUGUCAUUAUGCGAGACCCCCCAAUGACUUUUGACUGGGAGCUGGCCUCUACCUUCUCCCGCAUCUCCCUGGUAGACCCGCCUGUAUACCGCCUGUCAAACGACCUCCUCUAUCAACUGUUUGCGACGACUCUCGCUGGCGAGCCAUAUGAGCGUGUCAUCCGUCUCUCUCAUGUGUGUUCAACUUGGCGCUUUAUCAUGCUCCACGCUCCUCUCUUUUGGACCUCCGUCACCAUAUAUAUCCCCUCCAACAUCGACCACGCGAACAUCACUGAGCAACUUCUUCGUCGUUCGCAACACCAGCCUUUCGAUUUGACUGUCCACUUGAGCAAAAGAUCUCCCCCAGACUAUCCCAUUUUCGCCACUCUUGGUCCCCAUGCACAUCGUUUGAGAAAGCUACGGAUUCUCGCACCGACCCUUCAAGCCCUUGGCUCGUUACCGUUGCUCAAUUUCCCAGCACUUGAACAACGCGAAAUCUUCGUUCAAUGCCAGACAAGGGGCGGAUCUCUCGCGGUCGUUGCUACCCCGCCAAACCAACAACCAUCAUCCCUACAAAUCACUGCCUUUUCUUUCUCUUACUUCGACGGCCUCAAACUACCCGAACUUUUCAUUCUCAUCGAGUCAAUGCGCCAUUCUUUAGAACAUUUCAAGCUUUACUAUCAGACAGGUCCAGACGUGCUUUCUCUCCAACACUGGAACCUCAUGUAUGGCCCCGUUGUUCAACUUCCCCUUCUCAGCACCCUGCAAGUCGGGUUCAAUGAUGCCCUAUCGCUGGUUCCAUUCAUGAAGCGACUUCGUCUUCCCGUUCUGCAGUCGCUCUCAAUCCAUGACUUUGGCAUGUGUCCCGAGCAAGAUACUCCUCAGCAAGGUGUCAUAUCUGCCGGUUUUGCGUCGCUCCACGAUAAUCCUCCGUUACACGAGCUUCUUUCAACCAUACUCGAAGCCAUUCCCUCUCCCACGCUACUCAAGGCGCUGCGACUGACUGGACUGUAUGUUCCCCCUGAAGAACCCGAGGACAUUAUUGAGUAUCUCUUCUCGAUAUGCGGUCCACAUAUACGAACCCUUCGUCUGGUCGAAUGCGAUGCUGUUUUCCUCGAGGCGCUUGCGGAGACGUUGUUCCAGAACCAUUCGCCGUGGCGGUUGGAGAGACUGAUCGUUAGAGGGAUGGACAACGACGACUUGCUGGAAUGCUUGUGGAUCAGACAUGCCCAUGAGUACCCCAAACUGAAGGAGCUGAGUUUAGAGCCAUAUACACGACCACCCCCGAAGGAGGUUUUGGCCCAGUUUGCAGAGGUGGUGAACGGACCCAUAGAUUAG